AACUGGCUGGAGUUUGAGCGCCCAGCCGGAGGGACAGGCAGGGAAGCAGCGAGGAGCCCAGAAGUCCCACACAAACCCCGCCAGUUCAAGGGCAGGUUUUGAUUCGGCGCAGAGCCCCCAGGGUCAGGCUUUUCCUCGAAGGUCGCCGCCCCGCUGUUGGCUUCCGAGCACAGACAAAGCGCCGGAGGGUCGAGCACGCUGGGGGCGCUGAGGCCGGCCAUGGUCAUGGAGGUUGGCAUCCUGGACGCCGGAGGCCUGCGGACGCUGCUGCGGGAGCGAGCGGCUCAGUGCCUGCUGCUGGAUUGUCGCUCCUUCUUCGCUUUCAACGCCGGCCACAUCGCCGGUUCGGUCAACGUGCGCUUCAGCACCAUCGUGCGGCGCCGGGCCAAGGGCGCCAUGGGCCUGGAGCACAUCGUGCCCAACGCGGAGCUGCGCGGCCGCCUGCUGGCCGGCGCCUACCACGCUGUGGUGCUGCUGGACGAGCGCAGCGCCGCCCUGGACGGCGCCAAGCGCGACGGCACCCUGGCCUUGGCGGCUGGCGCGCUCUGUCGCGAGGCGCGCGCAGCGCAAGUCUUCUUCCUCAAAGGAGGAUACGAAGCCUUUUCAGCUUCUUGCCCGGAGCUGUGCAGCAAGCAGUCGACCCCUAUGGGGCUCAGCCUUCCCCUGAGUACAAGCGUCCCUGACAGCGCAGAAUCAGGAUGCAGCUCUUGCAGCACGCCGCUUUAUGAUCAGGGUGGCCCAGUGGAGAUCCUGCCCUUUCUGUACCUGGGCAGUGCCUAUCAUGCUUCCCGAAAGGACAUGCUGGAUGCCUUGGGCAUCACCGCCUUGAUCAACGUCUCAGCCAAUUGUCCUAACCAUUUUGAGGGUCACUACCAGUACAAGAGCAUCCCCGUGGAGGACAACCACAAGGCCGACAUCAGCUCUUGGUUCAACGAGGCAAUCGACUUCAUAGACUCCAUCAAGAAUGCUGGAGGAAGGGUAUUUGUCCAUUGCCAGGCGGGCAUUUCCCGGUCAGCCACCAUCUGCCUCGCUUACCUCAUGAGGACUAACCGCGUGAAGCUAGACGAGGCCUUUGAAUUUGUGAAGCAGAGGCGCAGUAUCAUCUCCCCCAACUUCAGCUUCAUGGGUCAGCUGCUGCAGUUUGAGUCCCAGGUGCUGGCCCCACACUGCUCAGCCGAGGCUGGGAGCCCAGCCAUGGCCGUGCUUGACCGAAGCACCUCCACCACCACGGUCUUCAACUUCCCAGUGUCCAUCCCUGUCCACCCCACGAACAGUGCCCUGAGCUACCUUCAGAGCCCCAUUACGACCUCUCCCAGCUGCUGAAGGACCGUGGGAGGACUCCAGGCUCCUCGAGGGGACAAUGCAAUAAUAUCUCCAGGACCGGCUCAUUAUUUAAUUUCACCCAAGUUCCAAACACACAUUUGCUGAACCCAGGCACAUUCGGGACCAAUAUGUGGUGGGCACAUCAAACCCCUCUGACAGAACAGGGCAGAAGAGAAAGGACUCAGUUGUGUGAGCCUGUUUUAUUUGCUCCUGUGUUUUCUAGAAAGUUCUUUAUGCUUGACAUACUCACCAGUAUUACCAUUCCCGACCCAUACAUGUAUGAGACUAUACCUUAUUUAUUUUUGUGUAGGUGGUCUGCCUUCACAAAUGUCAGUGUCUACUCCUAGAAGAACCAAAUACCUCAAUUUUUGUGUUUGAGUACUGUACUGUCUUGUAAAUAGAGCCUAAGCAGGUUUGUUUCCAGCACUGAUGGAAAACACCAGUGUUGGGGUUUUUUUUAGUUGCCAACAGUUGUAUGUUUUGCUGGUUAUUUAUGAUCUGAAAUAAUAUAUUUCUUCUUCUAAGAAGACAUUUUGUUACAUAAGGAUGACUUUUUUAUACAGCGGAAUAAAUUAUGGCAUUUCUAUUAAUCUCAGAGCUUUGUUUUUUUGGCACCCCCAUUUGAUCCUUAGGGGGAAGCAUUUGGACCAGGGCCCCAGGAGAUAUGCUGGAUCUGAUCCCUUGGUCUCAUGAGAUGACUGGGUUGCAGGUAACAUGGAUGAAUGAGAUGAAGUGUGCAAUACCAGGUGCUGCAGCCAAGGUGUUAGCAUAGAGUCAACUGCUCACCUGUGUCCUUUGUGACCCAGCAAUCCCAAGUGUCCCCAGAGUGAGGAAGAAAACACUUCUGCUUACAUUGCCUUUUUCAUUAAAUACCUUCCUGGGAUAGUAUAAAGUCUCCCUGCCCUUUCUGAGCUGUGCUAUAGUUAGGAAGAGGAUGAAAGUUUGCCAAAGCACUUGACACAAAAGUGUUCCCUGCCUUCCCCAAGAAACUAAGCCUCUGGCCAGCCACCAGUGGCUCAUGCCUGUAAUCCCACCUACGUGGGAGGCAGAAAUCAGGAGGAUCAUGGUUCAAGGCCAUGUGUAGGCGACAAAA